AUGACGGCGGAGAAAGAGAAGGAGCAGCAGCAGCAGCAGCAGCAGUUCCAACAACAACAACAACAACAACAACAAAUGGAUCAAGAGCUUUGGAAAGAUAUCAACCUUCCAAGCACUCCAUCACUCCCACUCAAUCAACACCUCUCACUUUCCUUGAACUCCAGUAACUUCGGGAUUGGUUCUAGAGCUUGUUCACAUAAGCGAGGACCUCCAGCCGGUGGUCAGGAGAGCAGCAGCGCUGACCGCCGGCAGAGGAGGAUGAUCAAGAACAGGGAGUCAGCUGCAAGGUCAAGAGCAAGGAAACAGGCUUACACUAAACAGUUAGAGAAGGAGAUUGCUUCUCUUGCUGAUGAAAAUUCCAGGUUGAAGAAAGAAAAUGAAAAGAUGGGUUUAGCAAUAAUGUGUAGUAAUCAGGAUGGCCCAAAGAUUAGACUUCAAAGAUCCUCAACAGCUCCAUUUUGA